ACUCAUAUUUCCAAAAUCUCACCCUUUUGGCAAGAAAGAGAGAUUUUGAUUUCCAAGAAUAAAGUAGAGAAAGUGGGGAAAUGUGAAGAGAAUAAUUUUUCAAACUCCACCAACCCAUUUCCUCUGCUUCCUGUUCAGUUGCCAAAGGAGAGAAACCAAACCCCUUCCCCCCUUGUCACUCAACAAACACCAAAUAAGUAAGUUCUUCAUCCCUUGUUUGGUUGGCAAGAAAAGUUCACAAAACUCCCCCUUCAACUAAAAACCAAGAAUUUGGUGUUGAACCCCGUUGAGAACGGUAAGUCGAAAAUGGACGCAACAGAGAAAGUGAAAGGGUCACAAUCACAUCAGAGGCACCAUAGCUAUAGCAGAAGCAUAAGCAGGAGUUUUAGCAGAGCAAGUUGGAGCAUGGAAGAAGUGUUUGCGAAUGCCUCGCACUCUCGGAGAAACAGCCACGUCGAUGAAGAUGAAGAGGCUCUGAAAUGGGCAGCCAUUGAGAAACUGCCCACAUAUGAUCGGCUAAGAACAAGCAUCAUCAAGUCCUAUGUGGAAACAGAACCUCAAGGACACAACAACAACAACAACAACAACAAAGUGGUGCAUAAGGAGGUUGAUGUUUUAAAGCUCGACAUAAACGACCGCCAAAAUUUCAUUGACAGGAUUUUUAAGGUUGCAGAGGAAGACAAUGAGAAGUUCUUGAAAAAGUUCAGAAGUAGAAUUGAUAAGGUUGGGAUCAGACUUCCAACAGUGGAAGUUAGGUUUAAGGAUUUGACCGUUGAAGCCGAUUGCCAUGUCGGCACCAGAGCUCUUCCCACCCUCCCAAAUGUUGCUCGGAACAUUGCAGAAUCAGCUCUUGGCUUAAUUGGGAUUAAACUGGCUAAGAGAACAAAUUUAACAAUUCUCAAAGACGCCUCUGGCAUUAUUAAACCGUCAAGGAUGGCUCUUUUACUAGGUCCCCCAUCCUCAGGGAAAACAACCCUUUUGCUGGCACUAGCUGGGAAAUUGGACCCAGAAUUGAAGGUUAAAGGAGAAAUCACUUACAAUGGGUACAGGCUGAAUGAAUUUGUGCCGCAGAAGACAUCUGCAUAUAUUAGCCAAAAUGAUGUUCAUAUCGGAGUUAUGACAGUCAAAGAAACCCUAGAUUUUUCAGCAAGGUGCCAAGGGGUUGGUACUCGAUAUGAACUUCUUUCUGAGCUUGCUAGAAGAGAAAAGGCCGCUGGAAUAUUUCCAGAGCCAGAAGUAGACCUUUUCAUGAAGGCUGUUUCAAUGGGAGGAAUUGAGAGCAGUCUCAUUACUGAUUAUACUCUAAAAAUUUUGGGGCUUGAUAUUUGCAAGGAUACAAUUGUUGGAGAUGAGAUGCAGAGAGGGAUUUCUGGUGGGCAGAAAAAACGAGUUACCACAGGUGAGAUGAUUGUGGGGCCUACUAAAGCAUUGUUCAUGGAUGAGAUCUCAACAGGUCUAGAUAGCUCCACGACAUUUCAAAUAGUGAAGUGCCUACAACAAAUUGUACACAUCACUGAGGCCACCAUCUUGAUGUCCCUACUCCAACCUGCUCCUGAGACGUUCGAUCUUUUUGAUGACAUCAUCCUUUUAUCGGAAGGCCAGAUCGUCUACCAGGGCCCACGUGAGAACAUUUUAGAGUUCUUUGAGAGCUGUGGAUUUCGAUGCCCCGAGCGAAAGGGAACCGCCGAUUUCUUGCAAGAGGUUACAUCAAGAAAAGACCAAGAACAAUAUUGGGAUGACAGAAGGAAGCAAUACAGAUACGUAUCAGUCACAGAAUUUGCAAACAGGUUCAAACGCUUCCAAGUGGGCAUGAGGCUCGAAAAUGAGCUCUCAAUCCCUUUCGACAAGCCUCGCGGCCACAAAGCAGCUCUUGUGUUCACAAAAUAUUCAAUACCCAAAAUGGAGCUUCUCAAGGCCUGCUUUGACAGAGAAUUGCUGCUCAUGAAGAGGAACUCCUUCAUCUACAUCUUCAAGACGGUCCAAAUUAUAAUAGGUGCAUUUAUAGGCUCCACCGUUUUCUUGAGGACCGAAAUGAACAAUAGGAAUGAAGGGGAUGCAGCAGUUUAUGUUGGUGCACUUAUAUUUUCCAUGAUCGUUAACAUGUUCAAUGGUUUUGCUGAGCUCUCUUUGACCAUUGCAAGGCUCCCUGUGUUUUACAAGCACAGAGACCUACUCUUCCACCCUGCUUGGACUUUCACUGUCCCAUCUGUCCUGCUUGGGAUUCCUAUAUCCAUCUUGGAAUCUUCUAUUUGGGUUGCCAUUACAUAUUACACCAUUGGAUUUGCACCAGAAGCUAGCAGGUUUUUCAAGCAUCUAUUGUUGGUAUUUUUGCUCCAACAAAUGGCUUCUGGGAUGUUUAGGCUUAUUGCAGGAGUCUGCAGGACCAUCAUCAUAUCGAACACGGGGGGGUCUCUCUCCGUGCUCAUUGUUUUCAUGCUUGGAGGUUUCUUAAUUCCUAAAGGUCAAAUUCCCAACUGGUGGAUUUGGGGAUACUGGGUUUCACCUAUGACAUAUGGCUUCAAUGCUAUGACUGUAAACGAAAUGUAUUCUCCGAGGUGGAUGAACAAACUGGCUUCAGAUAAUGUUACCAGCUUGGGUGUGGCAGUGCUAAAUAACUUUGGUGUUUACCCUGACAAAAACUGGUAUUGGAUUGGGGCUGCCGCUACUCUUGGGUUUGCAGUUCUCUUCAACGUAAUUUAUACGCUCGCGCUUAUGUACCUAAACGCUCCCGGAAAGCCACAAGCCAUAAUAUCCGAA